AUGCUGCUCCACGCGCAGCGAAAUCGUUCGAGUUCGGAGGGAGAGCUGGACAAGCGGCACCUGCAGCAUUGCAGACUCUUCGCGUUUCUGCGCGUUGCAAGAGCGGUGCGAAACUACGCCGUCACCCAGGCGUUGGUGAAGCCGUGGGCGGCGCUCGAGGCGCGGUUACCCCUGUGCGACUCUCUUCGGAGCUUCAUUCGACUCCACGAGGCCUACCUUGAUCUCAUCCUCGAGAGGUGUUUCUUGCUGCCGCGCACGAGACAAACGCUGGCGUACCUGCUCGACGCCCUGCAGGCUGGCAUCGCCUUCUCCCAGAGAUACGGGGAGUACGUCAUCCAGUUUGAUGACCGAUCCGGAAGAUCCUCUGACGGGGCACCGGAGACGAAUGGCGGGUUCACCCAGGGUCCUAGCGCUGCUCGCGAGGAGGAAGAUGGGGGGGGCAACAGGGGCGAGGGGAGGGACGAGGCGUGCAGGGAGUCUUUGAAGAAGCUGGACGAGCUGUGGCAUGACCUGGUGUCGGCGCUUGGUUUCGUGAUUCCGCUGCUGAAGGAGAUGGUACGUUCCAGGAGCGCUGUCUACGUCAACGAGCUGCUCACGGAGCUCGAGUUCAACCACUUCUUUGAGCGUCAAGAGACGUGGAGGGUGGAGAGAAGAGCCCCCCGUGUCUAGUCAAGGGCUCUAGCUAUUUAGCGCUUAUCCUGACAGCUCGCAGUGAAAGGCUACAAUAACCUUGGUUGGUUUGGAAACUUGUCCGGCUGCGUGUUAAGUGUCGUUGAAACGAGCGUGCGAGGGCUGCCAGCCUCUUUGACUCGGAUUUCGCGACGGCAGCUGGGUUAGAUGGGUUAGCCACCGCGUUUUCUUGGUUGUUUCCCCGCGGUGGAUCGUGAUGGGUUUCGUAGACCAUGAUGACAGGGGCAGUCGCGGCGGAUGCAAGAGGGAGAGUGGGUGCGUGCCUGGAAUGUCAUGAGAGAAAAACCCCAAAGAAAACCG